CUGGGAUAUGGAGUCCAAAGACUAGCUACUAUCUGUUUUUGAAAUCCUAAGAUUUUGGAAUAAAGAAGACCCAGGGAAAGCAGAGCUUGUUUCCAUCUUCCUGAUUUCUCCUAAUGGUGGAAUGAAUAGGAAACAUGGCUCAAAGAGUACUGUUAAAACUAGAUGUUAUGAAGCAGUAUGAAAAGAAAAGACUGAGAAAAUAUGACAUGAUUGAGUGCCAAAGCCUUGGGAAAAUACAGUUGAACCCUUAUGUGAGAACUCCAUUGACAUUUGACUUUAAAAUGGGAUAUGAAUCAUCUGGCCCUGUAAAACCAGCAAUUUCAGCAAUGCCAUCUUAUCACCAUGUUAUACAAAAUGGUCAAAGCACAGUGCAGCAGGGGCAAAGGCCGAUGUCUUCACAAGUAACUAGGAAAAAUCACUCUGGAAAACCUGGUGCAAGACCAUUUAGUGCUCCAACCUACUUGAAAUCUAAACCAACUGACCAGAGAGGUAACCUUCAGGCUUUAGAUGGAGGCUUUAUGAUCCUGAAGCUAAAGCCAAAGCUUAAACCUGCUCAUUCUGCCAUGGAGGUUCAGAAGAAAAGAGUACCCGAGCCACAAAUCACCAAUUAUUUCACUGCAGAACUGCAAAGUACUCAGGACCAACAGACAAUGGCCACAGAGGAAAAAGAUGAUUAUUUAUCAACAGAAAAAUCCACUGUUACUGAUGUGGGAAGAAAUCAAGGCCCUCAGGAUCUGGAACAGGAGAGAAAAGUCAAAUUCUGUCCAAAUGGUAACUUAUCAGAUGCCCUGAAUGGAAGCAGUCUUCUCAAAGAUAAUUUAACCAAUGAGGGAGAAAAGACUGAGAAGACUUUUAUCCACUCUGAGGACACACUUCUGAAAAAGAAGAAACUCCCAGUCCCUUUGUGCAUUGAAGAUGAAAUAGAGAAACCAAAUGCCAAAGUAAUCAGAGUUGGCAGUCCAAAAGCAAAAAGCCAAAUUCCUGUGAAAAUGAGUGAAUCAUUUCCCAUCUUUAUUCACAAUGGAGGAUACAUGGAGAAUUAUGUUCUAAAUCGAUGGCUUGCUUUAUAUAGAAAUAAAGCAUUUUACGACAUGAAUAAGAGGGGUGAAGGUUGUAUGCAUCUAAAUCCUGUUCUACAAAAUAACUACAAUGAAUCCAUUGCAAUAAUUGGAAGUAAAAAACCUCCUAAUCUAACUGUAAAAAGGAAGAAAAAGCCCACAUUGUCUGGGAAACCAAAACGCAUUACCAUUCAGAUUUUAUCUGUGGAGAAAGCACGCUGCAAUGUCUGUGCAAGUUCUAAGAAAGAGACACAAUUUGUUCAGAAAACUGGUGCAAGUGUGACUAGAACUAUUAACAGUAACAUUGUAACAGAGAGGAAUAGCACAUGGAAUAUGCCUACAUUUAGCAAAGAUACACUUAUGAUACAGGGAGUGAAUCUUAAAAGUGCUGAAUACCCAGACACUUCAUCUAGCAGUCUCAUUUCAAGAAUGAAAUCCCAACUUCCAAUAAAUUCUGUUGAAGAUGUCCGUAGGAAAGGUAGAAUGAUUUUUGUGGACUACAUACCCAUCUCAAAGCCACUUCCAAUCCACAGGCCUGGUGAUGAAGUCUCACCAAUAUAUGAUCCCACUAAAACCAACCCCGGUGAGACCAACAAAUCUUUCGUGUGUCACCAGGAUAUGUUUGACCAGAGACCCUUCCAGGAUGGAAACAGGGCAGCUGACAUGGAACUCAUAGCACUGCAGAGAAAAUCUCUAAUCCAAGAAGGCAGAAAGGGUUCAAGGAGAAGGCUUACCUCAUCAGCAUCACUAAAGGGCUUCAGUCUUAGGUUCCAGAAACUAGGUAACAGGGCUACGCGUUCCGAAGAGCAGUACAUUAUGCCCACUCACUCAGAAGUUAUAAGUAUACCAACAGCACAGUUUGAAACCACUGAAUCCCAUAGAGAUCAGAGUAUGCAGGACUUUAAUGACAAUUUAUAGAAAUAGACAUCAUGAAGAGAACUGUGCCUUGGCCUAUGAAAUUACAGUUGUUGUGUGGAGCACUUUCAGCACAGCCAAUAAAGCUUGCAAGAAUGGCUUUCUCCAGAUUACUUGCCUUGGUAUAGCGCAGAAUGAUUGCAAACCGGAAGGGAGAUGUAUUGGGUUUUUAUUAUGAACAAUAUAGUUGUUUUCAGGCAGAAUAUUGAGAUAUGCUAAAGGAUUCUUUCUAGGAUGUUGUGUGCCAUCUAGUGUUUCACUACAACAUGACAAAAUGUGAUGUUGUGUUGGCAGAGGUAGUCUCAUUUUUAAAAGAGUAACUAAGACUGUGAAUGUAUCUGCACUACCCAGUGGUGCUAUUAAAAGCAAUUUGAUGCCACUUUUAACUGUCAUGGCUCUGACCUGUGGAAUCCUGGGAUGUGUAGUUUGGCAAGGUACUUACAGUUCUGUUAGACAGCCAUAGCAUGCGAACACAUUUACACACACACACGUACCCUUAACUAUAUACAGUACUAGAGCUCUCAACAAGAAAGAAUUCUAGGGAAUUCAUCAC